AUGAAGAUAGUUUUGGCGUUUGUAGUCGUGUUAAUAGGGGUAGUUUAUGCUGAAGGUGAGUGUCCGAUCUUCUCUUGUGAUACUAUUGAUCAAGAAGAGAGCAAGAAUGUGUGCUCAAAAAGAAUUGAUGCUGCUGAUGGGAAUCCAAUUUCUUUUCAAGCUCAGAGAUGUCCAGAAAAUUCUUACUGUCAAGCUAAAGAGUGGCUAAAACCAGAAGAUGCAACAGGAGAGGUCGGAGCUCUAUAUUGAGGAAACACUUCGACAUCUACGUUCCCAGAGACUUGGGUUCCUGUAAAUAAUGCAGCUCUUGAUGGAGAUAUCUGAGAGAAAAGCGCCCAUUGAUUAAAAAACUAUUUCAAUCAAGCUACUUGUGUUGAUGGUAUUUGUCAAGCAUCUACAAAAGAAGGAUCUAAGUGAGAUGGGAAUGACAAUAACUGCCCAAGGAGACAUUUUUGUAAUUCUGAUAACAUCUGAGCAAAACAAGUAGGAAAUCUCCAAGUAUGCACAAAAAAUGAGGAGUGUUUUAGAGGCUACGACUGUAUUAAGCCUUAUGGAGGAGAAGACUUUAUAUGCGUUGAUUUGCAUGUCUUAAAAAACGGAGAUAAAUUUUAUGUGCCAAAUAUGGAAUCCAGAAAGCCAAGACAGCUCUUUGGAGGAAUAUUGGUGAAUGAACUUGAAGGAGAUAUAACUCUAGAAGGAUCACAUGUUUGUGAAACUAAUGCUCAAGCUAAUGUUGAUGGUGUAAUGCAAUGCAGAUCUUUGCAGAGAAAUAUUGACCAAUCAUACACUGUAGAUAAUAUAUUCACAAAGUGCAAAACUGAGACCUUCCUUACUGGCGGUCUUGAUAAUUACAAUAAAGGAACUUUGGUUGAAACAACUCCUUUAUGUGGAUUUAACAAGGAUAACAAAGCUUAUUGUCCAAUUUUUGUAGGCGAUGACAUUGCUCUAGAUUUAAUAUGGAAGUCGAUUCAACGUGCAGAACAUUUAAACUGUCACAGACACUCCCAUAUUGGCCAUUUUGUUCAAGGUAGAGUCUGCAAAGAGUUUUACGAUAUAAGUCAUACCAUGGAAGCUUUCUAUGGAUUCAGAGCAGGACAGGUACUGACUCCUCAAACUUGGGCUAACACUGCUAAUAACGACGAAUGCGUGCGUAAGACAAUCACCUUUAGACAUUGGAAUGGAUUUGAUUCAGCAUAUAAUCAUGCUCUCUUUGUUAUAACCAUGAGUUCUCUUGUGCUCAUAACUAUAUAACCUAGCGAGAUUCGAACGUUCCAAUGUGUCUCGAAUUUAAUAACGCAACGAUUUUGAAGAUAUUAGAUUUAUUUUAUAUAUUU